AUGAAAAAUGUGUUGGUAAAACUACGCUUUGCUAAGAAAGUUUAUAAUUCCGAGCAAGCCAAAUAUCAGUGCCGUGCCGGGGUUUAUGUUUCUCAGAAGCCAAGAGUGAAAAAUCUUUUGAAAGACAUAACAAGACAAGUCGGAGUAGAGGAGAAGAACUGGGAGAACAAUGCAGAGAUAGAGGCCAACCUAUUUGGGUUCCUUAGACAAAACAAGUACCUGAUUGUUAUUGAUGACAUAUGGGAUAAUAAAACUUGGAAUGAAUUGAAGAAUAGCAUACCGGGUAAUUGUACAAAUGGUAGUGCAUUAAUCAUUACUUCUCGCCAUAAAGAAGUUGACAUCUAUGCAGGUGGAGUUGAUGGCCUGCCACUCAAAAUCAUCACAAUGGCUGGUCUCCUAUCAACAAAAGAGAGGAUAGAACAUGCAUGGAAAUUCCCAGCAAGUGAACUGAUAAACAUAUGGGUAGCCAAGGGCUUCAUACAAGCCCAAGAAAACGAUACCCUUAAAGAUGUAGCAGAGGAUUACCUAACUGAGCUAAUUGGUAGGUACUUGGUUCAAAUUGAUAAAAGAAGAUUUGAUGGAAGAAUUAGAAGCUGCCGCAUCCACAAUGUUCUUCUCAGCCUUUGUGUUUCAACUGCCAAGAAAAACAACUUUUUCAGUACUAGUCAAGGUGAUGAUUCUGUUUUAGACACCAGAGUUUGUGGAGUUGCCAUUCAGCGUGGUAGUAUCUGUGAGUACAUUUCUCAAAACCAGCAACUCAAGCUCUGUGCUCUGCUAUGCUUCAACAGAGAAAAAGAGAACUUGGAAAGGCCGCACUUGGAACAUAUUGAUAAGGGGUUUGAAUUUCUUCGGGUGCUCCGCUUGAGAGAUUGA